AUGAGUACCAUGCAACAGCGGAAAGAUGAGAUUCUGGCAAAGAAGGCAAGGCUCGCCGAGCUCAAACGCCAGCGCGAAUUGCGGCAGCGGGAAUUCUCCCAGACGCGCAUGGGCAUAGGGGAAUCGUCAGAGAUUCUAUCUCCUACGCCGGGCCGUUCAGAAAACAGAGCUGAGCUCGAUAGUUUGAUUUCCCGUCUGGUUGAUCGACCGUCUUCUGCCGCACUCAGGGAGGGCGGGGAAGCAUCGCCGAGAGGUCGUGGAAGCAGGCCAAAUUCGGUGCUUAGCGGAGGACAACUCAGCAGUGAUACUAUCGAAACAUAUACCCCGCCUAUAAAGCCGCUUUCUCAAUCCAUAGCUACACAGACAACACUUGACCUCCCCGUCACCUCGCCCCGAGCCCAUCCCCCUGCGCCGAAACCGGAAAUUCUAACGUACAGCAAAGCAGUGCAAACUGACACCUGGUCGGAUCCAAAGACGCGUUCGGAAGAUGGGUCCGAAACGGAGGGCGAGGGGUCUCCUAGUACUCCCCGUGCAAGUAAACGGUUAAGCAGGAGAGCGCGCGAACGGGACGAAGAGAUCAGAGAGCGGCUACGGAAGGAAAUCGAAGAAGAGUUGAAUGCAGCGAAAGAGCCGGUUGAAGGCGGUGAUCUUCAGCAGGCGGGUCAGUUGAGGUAUCCGUUGCGUACCCUCACUCAUGAUGAGCUCAACGCGGUUACAUCUUCUGGAGAAUUUUUGGAUUUUGUGGAACGAUCAAGCAAAGUUAUAGAAAGAGCUUUGGAUGAAGAAUAUGACGUCCUUGCGGACUAUGCACUGGGUGGAAUCGGCGCCGAGGAUGAGGAGGAGGAUGAUUACAGAGUUGGCAAAAAGCGCAGAGAAAUAAAGCAAGUUGCCCAGUUUUGGGAUGAAAGAUGGAGCAAGAAACGCAUGAUAACCGACUUGAGCUUUUCGCCAAAAUUUCCCGAGCUGAUACUUGCUUCUUAUACAAAAAAUCCAACUGCCCCUCAUGAUCCUGACGGGCUCGUCAAAGUUUGGAACCAGCAUCUUCAUAGCCGACCAGAAUACAUAUUCCACUCAACAUCCGACAUUCUCACCGCAAAAUUCAGCCCGUUUCACCCGAAUCUUAUCAUCGGCGGUUCAUAUUCCGGACAGGUGUUGCUCUGGGACACCCGAUCCUCGCGCGCUGGCGGAGGUGCCCCUGUGCAGAAGACUCCUUUAUCAGGAUCAGGCCACACUCAUCCAGUCUAUAGCAUCGCCAUCGUUGGCACGCAAAAUGCACACAACAUUCUGACAGCAUCGACGGACGGAGUGGUUUGCGGCUGGACAGUCGACAUGCUCUCCCAACCGCAAGAAUACCUUGAACUCACCACCCCCCCGCCUUCUAAAACCGAAGAUCUCGCACCUACUACCCUCUCGUUCCCUCAAUCCGAUCCCACAUUUUUCUUAGUCGGCACAGAAGAGGGAACCAUAUACCCUUGCCAUCGUUAUGAUCGUGCUGGCGCCAAAGCUGGAACCGACCACCGGCUUUGCUAUCGCGGUCAUGCCGCCCCAGUCAUGUCGACGACCUUCCACCCCGCCCGUGGCCCUGUUGACCUAGGAGAUUUGAUGCUUAGUUCAAGCAUAGACUGGAGCGUCAAACUUUGGCGAAUUCGCCCUCCUGCGGCAACGUCCACCGCCUCGGGAACAACCUCCUCCACAGCAGCCAUGCAAACGGUUUCUCCAAUUCUCGACCUGACCCGUGAAGACGUUGUAUACGAUGCCCGUUGGUCUCCGAAUCGCCCCGGUGUGUUUGCCCUUGUAACAGGCGCCGGGUCGCUGGAAGUUUGGGAUUUAUGCACCGAGACUGAAGUGCCGACUGCGUGGGCAACACCCACAUCUGGUAGAGGAGGCAUAUUGACCAAGAGCUUGAAUAAAGUCGCAUGGGAAGAGAAGGAGGGUAGACGGGUUGCUACCGGUGGAUUGGAUGGGGUUGUUACUGUGUUUGAUGUAGGAAAGGGCUUAGGCGGCGGGCCUGAGGAAGUUAUGGCGGAAGAAUGGACAGGAAUGAAAAGACUGGUGGGAAGGCUGGAACAGGGUCUCGAUAGGCCAUGA